CCAAGACCCUCCUCAAGGGAGCCUCACUCUUCACCUCCACGCCUCUCCAAAAGCCUCUUUUCAAGAUGCUAUAAAUACACUACCUCUUACUCCUUCCCAGCCAUCACCUUCUGAACAUCUCUAGGGAGAUCUAGAGACAGUACCACCUGUAAUAAUACCUUCUGGUUCAUCAGCUACUAAACAUUUUUAUAGACACAAAUGAUGGCCAGGUUCAUGUGCAUGGUGGGUGUUAUGAUUGUUGUUGCUGCGACAUUAACGGUGAAUUUCGCAGCUGCCCAGACUGUGCAUGUGGUGGGAGACAGCUUGGGUUGGACGGUGCCUCCAAAUGGGGCUGCUGCAUACACUAGCUGGGCUUCUAAUAAGCAAUUCAUGGUUGGUGAUAUUCUAGUGUUCAAUUUCGCCACCAACGAGCAUGAUGUGGUAGAACUAUCAAAAGAAUCGUUUGAUGCGUGCAAUUAUUCGAAUCCAAUUGGAAGCAUCAUCACAACUGGUCCUGCAAACAUCACUCUCAACGCCACCGGCAACCACUACUACAUCUGCACUAUUGGCCGGCACUGCACCUCUGGUCAGAAGCUAGCCAUUACUGUCUCAGCCAAUCCCGGCUCGAAUCCCCCUUCUGCAUCUCCAGCAUCCCCACCGCCAACCACCAUUGCCACACCUUCUCCGACUGCUACUCCUGAUGAUCGCACUCCCACUCCAUCACCGAGUCUCAUGACCGACGCCCCUCAUGCUGCAACUCCAACUCAAACUCCGGCAGCCCCACCACCAACAGCCACUAUACCACCUCCAGGGGCACCUUCUCCGACUGCCACUCCUGAUGAUUGCGCUCCCACUCCAUCACCUAGUCUCAUGACCGACGCACCUCCUGAUGCAACUCCAACUCAAACUCCGGCAGCCCCAUCUCCAACAGCCACUAAACUACCCCCAAGGACACCUUCUCCGACUGCUACUCCUGAUGAUUGCGCUCCCACUCCGUCACCGAGUCUCAUGACCGACGCACCUCCUGCUGCAACCCCAACUCAAACUCCGGCAGCCCCACCACCAACAGCCACUAAACCACCUCCAGGGACACCUUCUCCCACUGGUAAUCCUGAUGAUUGUGCUCCCACACCAUCACCCAAUCCCAUGACUGGUUCACCAGCUCCUGCAACCCAUCUCUAGAUGCUUCCCUUUGCCUCCUUGGUGUCCGUGGCCAUGAGUUUCUUUCUCUAGAUAGAAGAGUAGACUCAUAUUUGACACUGUUUGAGGUCUGUGGUACAAUAUUACAUUUGAGGUUGGAGUCUUGUACUAGACUACUACGUGUUGUUUAAGCAUAUGACAUUCAAUAAAACCUGACCUUGUUUGAUCUA